AUGUCAAAGUUGUUUCAAUUUUUAUUAUGUUGUUGUGUUGUUGGACUCUCUUAUUGCAAGAGCGAGGGCGAAAUAAAGCAGUACUUCAUAAAACUAGGAGUGACCUGUAGCAAGGACCACAUGAUCACACCAGACGAGAUGGUCAUGCUUCAGAAACACAAGAUGCCCGACAGUGAGAAUGCGAGGUGCUUGAUGGCUUGCGUUUAUAGGAAGGCCACUUGGAUGGACGAUAAAGGCAUGUUUGACGUCGCUGCGGCUGAGGCGAUGGCUGAAAAGCAUCACGGAGAAGACACCACUAUGAUAGAAAAUUCUAAGAAAUUAUUCGAUCACUGCAAGUCAGUAAACGACCCACCCGUAAAAGACGGAGAGAAAGGAUGCGAAAGAGCAGUUUUGUUGUUCAAUUGUCUAACUGAAAAUGCUUCCAAGAUGGGAUUCAACAUAUAAAUGAUUAUUACGUUUUGUAAAAGCUCCACACUGUUAUGUUCAUGCGUCGGUAAGAUUCUUAAGUUUAGUAAAAAUUAUUAAUCGAC